GCGCUCGCGUGUACGCGGGGCGGGCGGGAAGGCUCCGCCCCGGGGCGGGAGGGGGCCGCCGGAUUAAAGGCCACCCCGGCGGGCGGGGAUCCGGACAGCAGCCUGCGCCCAGAGCGCGCUCGGCUCCGCGCAGCCCAACGCGAGUCCCGCGAGCCGAGCGCACCAGGGCUCCCGCGUCAUGAGCAUCCGGACAAGGCACUGAACGACCGCAGCGAUGUCGGGGCGCUGGGCUCCAGGCCCCAGGUGGGGGCUCCUGCUGGCGCUGCUGCUGGCGCUGGGCGAGCUGCCGCGAGCGCGGGGCGUCGAGGAGGAACCUGGCGGCGCGCACGGGGAGACCCAGGGCUUCCAGGUGGUCACCUUCAAAUGGCACCACGUCCAGGACCCGUACAUCAUCGCGCUGUGGAUCCUCGUGGCCAGCCUGGCCAAGAUCGGCUUCCACCUGUCCCACAAGGUCACCAGUGUGGUCCCUGAGAGUGCCCUGCUCAUCGUGCUGGGCCUUGUGCUGGGCGGCAUCGUCCUGGCGGCCGACCACAUCGCCUCCUUCUCCCUCACGCCCACGGUGUUCUUCUUCUACCUGCUGCCGCCCAUUGUGCUGGACGCCGGCUACUUCAUGCCCAACCGGCUCUUCUUUGGCAACCUGGGCACCAUCCUGCUGUAUGCGGUCAUCGGCACUGUGUGGAACGCGGCCACCACUGGGCUGUCGCUCUAUGGCGUCUUCCUCAGUGGCCUGAUGGGAGACCUGAACAUUGGGCUGCUGGACUUCCUCCUGUUCGGCAGCCUGAUUGCUGCCGUGGACCCAGUGGCCGUGCUGGCCGUGUUUGAGGAGGUUCACGUCAACGAGGUGCUGUUCAUCAUCGUCUUCGGGGAGUCCCUGCUCAAUGACGCCGUCACCGUGGUCCUGUACAAUGUGUUUGAAUCUUUUGUGACAUUGGGUGGUGACAAGGUGACCGGUGUGGACUGCGUGAAAGGAAUAGUGUCCUUCUUCGUGGUGAGCCUGGGGGGCACGUUGGUGGGUAUCGUGUUUGCCUUCCUGCUCUCCCUGGUGACACGCUUCACCAAGCGCGUGCGCAUCAUCGAGCCCGGCUUCGUGUUUGUCCUCUCCUACCUGUCCUACCUCACGUCCGAGAUGCUGUCCCUGUCGGCCAUCCUGGCCAUCACCUUCUGUGGCAUCUGCUGCCAGAAGUACGUAAAGGCCAACAUCUCGGAACAGUCAGCCACCACAGUGCGCUACACCAUGAAGAUGCUGGCCAGCGGGGCCGAGACCAUCAUUUUCAUGUUCCUGGGCAUCUCGGCUGUGGACCCUCUCAUCUGGAAGUGGAACACAGCCUUCGUGCUCCUGACACUGCUCUUCAUCUCCGUGUACAGGGCCAUAGGGGUCAUCCUGCAGACCUGGAUUCUGAAUCGGUACCGGAUGGUGCAGCUGGAGAUCAUAGACCAGGUGGUCAUGUCCUAUGGUGGCCUCCGAGGAGCUGUGGCUUACGCCCUGGUGGUCCUCCUGGACGAGAACAAGGUCAAGGAGAAGAACCUGUUUGUCAGCACCACCAUCAUCGUCAUCUUCUUCACCGUCAUCUUCCAGGGCCUGACCAUCAAGCCCCUGGUGCAGUGGCUGAAGGUGAAGAGAAGUGAACAGCGAGAUCCCAAGCUCAACGAGAAGCUGCACGGCCGGGCUUUUGACCACAUCCUCUCGGCCAUCGAGGACAUAUCAGGGCAAAUCGGACACAAUUAUCUGAGAGAUAAGUGGUCCAAUUUUGAUAGGAAAUUCCUCAGCAAAAUCCUCAUGAGAAGGUCGGCUCAGAAGUCUCGAGAUCGGAUUCUGAACGUUUUCCACGAGCUCAACUUGAAGGAUGCCAUCAGCUACGUAGCCGAGGGAGAGCGCCGUGGGUCCCUGGCCUUCAUCCGUUCCCCCAGCACGGACAACAUGGUCAAUGUGGACUUCAGCACCCCACGCCCCUCCACUGUGGAGGCCUCCGUCUCCUACCUCCUGAGGGAGAACGUUAGCGCCGUGCGCCUGGACAUGCAGUCCCUGGAGCAGCGGCGGCAGAGCAUCCGGGAUGCAGAGGACAUGAUCACCCACCACACGCUGCAGCAGUACCUGUACAAGCCCCGGCAGGAGUACAAACAUCUCUACAGCCGGCACGGGCUGACCGCGGAUGAGGACGAGAAGCAGGACACCGAGAUCUUCCACAGGACCAUGCGGAAGCGCCUGGAGUCCUUCAAGUCGGCCAAGCUGGGGAUCAACCCCCACAAGAAGGCUGCUAAGCUGCUCAAGAGGGAGCGCGCCCAGAAGCGGAGAAACAGCAGCAUUCCCAAUGGGAAACUGCCAAUGGUGAGCUCCCUGCAGGACUUCACCAUCAAGGAGAAAGAUUUGGAACUCUCAGACACUGAGGAAGCCCCCAACUAUGAUGCUGAGAUGAGUGGGGGGAUCGAGUUCCUGGCAAACAUCGCGCAGGACACAGCGACAGACUCCCCCUCAGGAAUUGACAACCCCGCGUUUUCCCCGGAGGAGAGCCCCGGCAUCCUCUCUGGGGUGCCGCCCUGGCUGUGUCCCGGGGAGGCGGUGGUGCCCUCCCAGAGGGCCCGCCUGCAGAUCCCCCACUCCCCCGGCAACUUCCACCGCCUGGCGCCCUUCCGCCUCAGCGGCAAGUCCGUGGACUCGUUCCUGCUGGCCGACGGCCCCGAGGAGCAGCCGCAUGCCGCCCCGCCCGAGUCCACACACAUGUGACACCGGCUCCGACGCUCCGCUGACCGGACGCUCGUCCCCGCCCGCUGUCGAGAAGCCCCCGCGCGCGCGCGCCCCGAGCCCGGCCCCGCCCAGCCCCGCGCAGGCCCCGCCCACCCCGCGAAGCCCCGGGCCCGCGGCACCGCUCGAGCCCGAUCCCGCGGCGGGGCCCGCGCAGGGGGCAGGGCCGGAGCGCCGCGGGCUGCUGGGCGCGCACGCGCGGUCGGCGGCGGCGCGCCGCGUACACAGCCGGCGCUCGUUCCAGCGGCCUCGCGCGCGCCGCCGCCCGGCGCUGCUCAAGCUGGCGUCGCUGCCGCCGUCGUGCCACGCGCCGCCCCACGCUCUGGAGCAGGAGGAGACGCCUCUGUGACUGCCGCCCCCCACCCCCCACCGAGGUCUGCAGGCUUGACGUCGCCCCUGGGGGGCUCCACUCCGCCUCGGCCGCGCCUCACGAGGGGCUCCACUCCGCCUCGGCCGCGCCUCACGAGGGGCUCCACUUCGCCACGGCCGCGCCCCUGGGUGUCUCUGCCCCCAUCACAGCCGCGCCCCCGGAGUUCUCCACUCCGCCACGGCCGCGACUCCCGGGGGGCUCCACUCCGCCACGGCCGCGCCCCCGGGGGGUUCCACUCCGCCACGGCCGCGCCCCCGGGGGGCUCCACUCCGCCACGGUUGCGCCCCCGGGGGGCUCCACUCUGCCACGGUUGCGCCCCCCGGGGGGCUCUGCCCCCAUCACCCUAGGAUCUGCACCCAUUACCUCGCCCCAGGGGAUGACCUCGACCCUCACGACCUCGCCUCUUAGGGGUCUCCACCUGCCCCUCCCAGCCGAGCCACCGUCACUGCCCGCCCCCAUGCAUGGUCUCCACCCCGGCCACAGCUGCCCAUCCGGGGGUCUGCUCGCAUGGCCAUAUUUUCUUGGGGUCGUGGCCUCAACUCCCAAGGUAUCUUCUGGUGACCUGGAGUAGCCCCGGACACUCACCGAUCCGGUUAGGUGCUGGGAUGCACAGGAGCUGAACUCUUCGGGACCAAAUGAGCUGCAAGACGGGAGCCGAGGCAUUCCCUGGGGUUCCUUUGGAGAGGCCGCUGUGGGUGGGAAGUGGGCCUUCCCCAUCGUCUGGGAGGCUCCGUUGCGGGCCCUCUAUUCACCUGUCCUGGAUUUGAGCUGAGCCGGCAUUUGUGUAUUGCCGUUUCCAUGGUCACCCCUGACUCAGGGACAGUUUGUUCUUCAGUUCCUGCCACCUGUGUCCAUUCUUAUCGGCUCUGUUGGGGAAACAGACCCAAACCAGAUGAGACUUGCCCACUGUGAUACCCACCCAGGCUGGCCUCUCCCAAAGCCCCCUGGACUGUCAGCCCCAGGGUCGGGGGAGCCCUGACCCCAGGGUGGGAUGUGACCACUCACCAGGUCUUUGAACCACCUGUCACCUUAGGGACCGUAGGCACGGCUGCAGAAGCAUCUUUUGUUUGCUCGUCCUUUUUGUGUUGAGAUUCCCAGAGCCUGAUGCUUGCUCACCCUGCACAGAUCCAGCCUCAGAAUGGGGGCCUCUGUGCACCAGGCCCCAAACGUCCCCAAGCCCCUGGUCUGUGGCCUGAGUUGCCCCACCUGAUGCUGGACGAUGGCCCGGGCUGGGUUAGGGGUUGGAGUGACCCAGUGGGCACGCCCAUACAGUCCCAGCAGGUGUGUGGGCAUCUGUCAGCAAGCAGUCCUCUUUAGAGUCACAGCUGGUCCUUGGAGACCCCAGGUCUGCUCACCACAGACAGGGGAUGAGGGGGAUUGGACCCCCACCCCACGCCCACCCCACUGUCAGGGGCUCAGGGAUGUGGCCUUGGACAGAGCCCUCAGUCCUCACCUGCUCCUCAGGAGGGUUUGCGAGGCAGUCAAGGAGCAGAGGGUCAGGGGCUCCCGGAAGCUUCUGUGAAGCAGCUCAGCCCUGCUCAGGGAAUUGUCCGCUGUGCUGUGACCAUAUCUUCUGUGCGUCCUUGUACCCCCCUCCCCCCGACCAUGGCAAUUCACAGGGCCCCAGUGGCCCUGGUGGAAAGUCUACACUGCGCUGUUGAGGGAAACGGGGAGCGGCAGGGAGGGUGGCUGUGGCCCUUGUCACCCAGAGAUGGACCGUAGGCUGAUGCACAGGUCUGCUCACCACUCAAGUUGCUCGCUCAGCUGUCACCAGGACAGGAGUGACGUGGUUUGCAAUGCUUGUUCUCACAUUCACAGCCACUUUGACCCACUCUGAGCAUAAGAGCCAGCCAUCAUCUGUCCCAUAGGCCUGGCGGAAGGCACAUUCUCCAUCCACUCCUGCAGGGGUGGUUCGUCCGGAGCAGGCGGGCUGGUCCAGGUGCCAUAGCCCAGCCAUUCAGCAUCUCCAGCUGCCUUAACAACUCUCCUGGACCACCGGACCCAGAUCUGAUUCCUCACUGCAGGGCCAGAGGCUGAGACACCCACUUGACACUGUAGACUAACUAAACUUCUGUGUGACCGACCUCCCCUGGGCCAGCUGUGCCGUGGGCAGCAGGCACUGCCUGUUGUCAACCUGCACAGGCUGAGCAGUGUCCGAGGUUCCAGCGAGACAUCCAGCCAGAGAGACUGUGUUUGGUCUGUGACACAGCGUUAUAAGCCGUAGUAAUGUGGACACAUUUCAUAAAUGAGAAUCUGAGCUGUUCUUGUCAUUGUAAAACAGAAUGUAAACAAAGUCUUAUGAAUGUAUUUCCUUAGGAAAACUUGUAAAAUUUUUUAUUAGGAAGAUUCUUAUUUAUUUAAUACUGAACUUUGGCCAACUUUGUGAUAUAGACUAAAGUACACAAAUUUAGGAGUCAUUCUCUCACUUCUACAUUUUCUUGAAAAUAAUUUUAGUGCAGUGCUCAAUGAACUAUUGAUUUCUAUUGUUAAAGAGAUUUAAUGGAGGAAUUUCAUUGAAACUGGAAUGGGAAUGUAUUUUACAUUAUGAGUGGUGAAAAUUGUGAAUGCUGGUUUUGUGAAUGUAACCCUGUCAAGCUGUGUGACUCUCAUCACGAUCACGUGCCUUAAAGCACUGCCAGUGUGCUGUCAGCAGUGUCUGGGAGGAGCCUACCACAGACCCUGCAGCAGCCUGAUCAAGUCUAUUAAAAAUAUUUCAAGACA